AUGGCGAACGCGGAGGAACGGUACAAGCUCUCGCAGGAGCAAAUCGACUUCUUCCUAGAAAAUGGGUGGCUGAAGUUGAGCAACUGUUUCACGAGAGAGCAAGCAGAGGGUCUACAAGAAACACUCUGGACCAGGUUGGGAAUGGAUUCUAAUGAUAUGUCAACAUGGCAUACUGAGCGAACGAAUAUGCCCUUCUUCAAUGAAUUUUCCGUAGAAGAGUUCGCGCCGAAAGCCUGGGCAGGAAUCUGCAAUCUCGUUGGCGGCAGCGAUCGCGUCGAUUCCAAUGCAUCAACGUGGAAAGACGGUUUUAUCGUGAAUCUUGGAACAAACGAGGGUCACAACAAGGUUGUUCGGCCGCAAGAUCUUCCUGGUUGGCACGUGGACGGCGACUUCUUUGUGCAUUACCUCGAUUCGCCUGAGCAAGCGCUGUUGGUCAUUCCGUUGUGGACAGAUAUUGUCGCUGGCGGCGGUGGAACAUAUAUCUGCCCAGGAGCCAUUCCAACUGUGGCGAAGCACCUGUACGAGAAUCCUGAGGGAGUCAGCCCAAGGAUGACGCCACGAGCGCAAAAUCCAGAAUUUGUGCAAGAACAAGGGCUGAAGUGGUUUAACGAUCUUGCUGCUAGUAUGCCCGAUGAAGCUUUCGUCGAAGCUACUGGUGUAGUCGGUGACGUCUACCUUCUACAUCCGCUGAUGCUGCACUCCGCUUCCAACAACCAGCUUCGAAAGGUCCGCGUCAUUACCAACCCGCCAGUAUCGGUCAAAGAACCCUUUGUAUUUGACCGUGCGGAUGGGAAUUACAGCGCGGUGGAGCGCAAGACAUUGAAGGCGCUGGGCAAGGACAGAAUUGAAGGUUUCAAGAUUACUGGAAAGAGGCAACAGGUCAUUCCUGAGCGUGUAAGGAUCCAGGAAGAGAUGAAGAGGAAGGAAGAAGAGCGGUUGCUUCCAAAGCCGCCACGGCCUCCACUUGGAAUAAAAGCCCACCUCACCGCUCUCCUCUACUUCUACCCCAUACGCCGUGCAGAGGACCAUCAACUCACUCUUCCUCUACCACCCACAUCCCACCACAGCAAAAUGAAGUACACUACUGUCUGCGCUGCUUUCUUUGCGGCCGUUGCUGCUGCGUCUGACGUCAAGCAACUCAAGACGGACAACUUCAAGAGCUUCAUUGAGGAGAACGACCUCGUCCUCGCAGAGUUCUUCGCGCCAUGGUGCGGCCACUGCAAGGCGCUUGCUCCCGAGUACGAGACGGCGGCUACCACACUUAAGGAGAAGGACAUUGCCCUCGUCAAGGUCGACUGCACAGAGGAGGCAGAUCUGUGCCAGGAGUACGGCGUUGAGGGCUACCCCACCCUCAAGGUCUUCCGUGGCCUCGAGAAUGUCUCGCCCUACGGUGGACAGCGCAAGGCCGACAGCUUGAUCUCCUACAUGACCAAGCAGGCUCUCCCUGCCGUCUCCGAAGUCACCAAGGACACACUCGAGGAGUUCAAGACCGCCGACAAGGUCGUCCUCGUCGCCUACUUCGCCGCCGACGACAAGGCCUCCAACGAGACCUUUACCUCGGUCGCCAACGGUCUCCGUGACAACUUCCUCUUCGGUGCCACCAACGACGCUGCUCUGGCCAAGGCCGAGGGUGUCAAGCAGCCCGGUCUCGUCCUCUACAAGUCCUUCGACGACGGCAAGGACGUCUUCACCGAGACCUUCGAUGCGGACGCUAUCCGCGACUUCGCCAAGGUCGCCUCCACACCCCUCAUUGGUGAGGUUGGCCCUGAGACCUACGCCGGAUACAUGGCCGCUGGCAUUCCCCUCGCAUACAUCUUCGCCGAGACUCCCGAGGAGCGUGAGGAGUUUGCCAAGGAGCUGAAGCCCCUCGCUCUCAAGCACAAGGGCGAGAUCAACUUCGCUACCAUCGACGCCAAGUCCUUUGGCCAGCACGCUGGCAACCUUAACCUCAAGGUCGGCACCUGGCCCGCUUUCGCUAUCCAGCGCACCGAGAAGAACGAGAAGUUCCCCUACGACCAGGAGGCCAAGAUCACCGAGAAGGAGAUUGGCAAGUUCGUUGACGACUUCCUCGCUGGCAAGAUUGACCCUAGCAUCAAGUCUGAGCCCAUUCCCGAAUCCAACGACGGUCCCGUAACUGUCGUCGUUGCCCACAACUACAAGGAUGUCGUCAUUGACAACGACAAGGACGUUCUCGUUGAGUUCUACGCCCCCUGGUGCGGUCACUGCAAGGCUCUUGCUCCCAAGUACGAGGAGCUCGGUCAGCUCUACGCUUCCGACGAGCUCUCUAAGCUGGUGACCAUUGCCAAGGUUGACGCUACUCUCAACGACGUUCCCGAUGAGAUCCAAGGUUUCCCUACCAUCAAGCUCUUCCCCGCUGGCAAGAAGGAUGCCCCAGUCGACUACUCUGGUUCCCGCACUGUCGAGGAUCUCGUCCAGUUCAUCGAAGAGAACGGCUCACACAAGGCUAGCGCCAGCGUUGGCGAAGCUGUUGAAGGUACGACCGAAAAGCUCGCUGAACAGGCCAAGGCCGCCUCCGAGGUUGCUGCUAAGUCCGCCGCAGAUGCUACCGAGUCCGCCAAGGCCAGUGCCUCUUCCGCCACAGACUCUGCUGCCUCAGCUGUAUCAGAAGGCACCGAGACGGUCAAGUCUGGUGCUUCUGUCGCUUCCGACUCAGCCUCUUCCGCCGCUUCCGAGGCUACCAAGUCUGUCAAGUCUGCCGCGUCCGAGGUUACCAACUCUGCCUCGUCGGCUGCGUCAGAGGCUUCAGCUUCAGCCUCAAGCGUCAAGGACGAAUUGUAA